AUGACUUCUGAAACCUUCAAGCUGAAAGGCCUCUCUGAACAAGUCCGCAAUGACUUCAUCAGAGGCGCUAAGAUCAGACUCCAGGAGCAUCUAGCCAGAGAAGCUGAGGAGCAGGCAAGAAAGGAACCUAAAGAGAAAGCAAGGCAAGAAGAACUUCAGAGGAUCAAAGAAGCUGAAGCUAAAGCUCUUGUUGAUGCUGCUACUGCUGCUGAAGCUGAGGCAAAAGCCAAAGUUGCCGCUGAAGAAGCAGGCCGUCUUGCUGAAGAGUCUACUGCCAGAGUCAGAAACGAUGCACUGACCCAGAGGGAGUCCUCCACCUUCGUCCCUCUGGUCCUGAAGACCCUUGAAGAGCUGCAGAAAGAACAACAGGUAGUUCGAGCCAGACUGGACCAACAGGAUUCUGUCAAUGUCAACAUUCAGAACAUGCUGUCCCAACUGCUCUAG